CGGAGCUUGCCCCGCUCCCGGAAGCGGCGCGGGCGGUGCCCCGGAAGCGGCGGGCGCUGACCCGGAAGCGGCGCGGGGCGGGCAGGGCGGCGAUGGCGGCGGAGGAGCCUCAGCAGCCGCAGCCGGAGCCGCUGGGCGGCAGCGAUGCCGACGGUGUGAACUGCCUGGCCUACGACGAGGCGAUCAUGGCGCAGCAGGACCGGAUCCAGCAGGAGAUCGCGGUGCAGAACCCGCUGGUGUCCGAGCGCCUGGAGCUGGCCGAGCUCUACAAGGAGUACGCGGAGGAUGACCACGUGUACCAGGAGAAGAUCAAGGACCUGCUGCAGAAGUAUUCCUACAUCCGCAAGACGCGGCCGGACGGGAACUGCUUCUACCGCGCCUUCGGCUUCGCGCACCUCGAGGCGCUGCUGGAGGACGGCCAGGAGCUGCAGCGGUUCAAGGAGGUGUCGGCGCGCAGCAAGGAGGAGCUGGUGGCCCAGGGCUUCACUGAGUUCACCAUCGAGGACUUCCACAACACGCUGAUGGAGCUGAUCGAGCGCGUGGAGCGCCGGGUGCCGCUGCCGGAGCUGCUGGCGGCCUUCAACGAGCCGGCCACGUCGGAUUACCUGGUGGUUUACCUGCGCCUGCUCACCUCGGGCUGCCUGCAGCGCCACCGGCGCUUCUUCGAGCAGUUCCUCGAGGGCGGCCGCAGCAUCAAGGAGUUCUGCCAGCAGGAGGUGGAGCCCAUGUCCAAGGAGAGUGACCACAUCCACAUCAUCGCGCUGGCGCGGGCGCUGCACGUCUCCAUCCUGGUGGAGUACAUGGACCGGGGCGAGGGCGGCGCCACCAACCCGCACGUGUUCCCCGAGGGCUCCCAGCCCCGCGUCUGCCUCCUCUACCGCCCCGGCCACUACGACAUCCUCUACAAGUGACCCCCGCCCCGAGCCCCCCACGCCGGGACCCCCCCGAGCCCCCCCGGCCCUGCCGCGGCCUCGCCGAGCCCCCCCCCCUCCUGCUGCCCCCGCCCCAAAAUAAAAGAUGUGGCCCCCCAG